AUGGACGAAGUUAGUGAGAUUUUGACUGCGUUUGGAGCCGUUCUUGCCGUUUCACUGGCUGAGGAAUCUGAUUUGCUGAUAUCUCUUCUGUUCAAUGGCUUAGAUUUUCUGGGACUCCUUCUGGGGGUCUUGGCUCACAGACGACAGCAUGUGCGAAUUGCAGGAUUUGCAGAAGAUGUCGUGCCUAGGUACCAUCCUGAAGACUUUAGGCAGCACUUUCGAGUUUCAAGGAGAACUGCAAGCAUUCUUGUGACUGCUCUUGGACACUGCAGAGGUAUCCCUAGAGCUUCAGAUCCACAAAGAAGGGGAAUAUUGCCUGUUGAUGUCGAAAAGCAAUUGCUGGUAACAUUGUGGUUUCUGGCCACGCAAGAGCCCUUUCGAAGCAUUGGGGACCGAUUUGGAAUAUGUAAUGCCACUGCCUACAGAAUUGUGAAGAGAGUCAUAUCAGCCGUCAACAGAAACUGGACUCCCAAGAUUAUCAGGUGGCCUAAAGAUUCAGCAUCUGCUAGAUAUGUGAUUGAUGGAUUUCACGGUCGUCGUGGAUUACAAGGGGUACUUGGGGCCAUUGAUGGAUCGCAUAUAGCGAUCAAGGCUCCAAGAAGUAAUCAAGAUGCAUACAUCAAUAGAAAAUGCUUCCAUUCGAUAGUUCUACAGGCUGUUUGUGAUCAUAGAAUGUUCUUUAGAGACUGUUUUGCAGGCUAUCCGGGGAGCACACACGAUGCUCGGGUUCUCAAAUACUCUGACUUAUAUGAUCGCAUUACCGAAUCUGUUGACACUCUGUUUCUUUUUGGCAGCUACCUAUUGGGAGACUCGGCAUAUCCUUUGUCAUCUUGGCUAAUGACUCCUUAUAAAGAUAAUGGACAUCUGUCUGAAAAACAAAGAAACUAUAACUUUCUUCAUUCUUCAACGAGAAUGGCUAUAGAAAGAGCGUUUGCUCUGUUGAAAGGCCGCUUUCGAAGACUGAAAUAUGUGGAUAUUGACAGACUGGAAGACGUGCCAGAUAUCAUUUUGGCAGCCUGUACUUUACAUAAUAUUUGCAUCAUGUCUGAGAAUGAUAUCGAACACUUCGUGGACAGUGAUGAUGAUAACCAAGAAGCUGAUGGCAUUGAUGGGCUUGAUGAGGAUGGUGUUGAGGAAAAUAAUUCUAUAGGUAAUGCUGAUGGCUCAAGAAUAAAUAUUGGGAAACGUAAACGUGACCUAAUUGCAGAACAGUUAUGGGAACACUGUAGAGUUUUAACAUAAUAAAACUGUGGAUAAAGCUUCAGUCUUUGAAGACAGCUACACUAAACUCUAUCUGU